GAGCCGCCAUUCCAUUUCCAGCCUCGUUGAUAAAGCCACAUCAUUUUUCCCAACUUUUAGUUAGCAUUUCGUCAGCUGGCAUUUCGUCACUAAGAGCAUGUGAGUCUAAGUCCUAAACAUCAAACACAGAACUCACCCAUACGACUCUACAUACGCCUUCGGCUGUACUGAACACGGUACAAUAGACGUAUCCCAUGUAUACGCCAUAAGCACAGCUUCUCAAUUCCUUCUUCAUACAUAGGCGCAAUAUCACAAUGGCCCAAAAAGCACGCAAGGAUACGGCCAAGGCCAAUGCAGCGGCUCUAACGAACCUUCAUACCGGCACUCUUAUUGUCAAUACGCUUUUUGUCUUGUUCAACUUCAUAUUCAAAAAGCGAUCUCUACUACUAUAUGUCGUCCUCUCAAUUCCUAGCUUCAUAUGCGAGUACUUCUUAGAGUCAUCGGGGCGGCCUAGAUACGAUCCCACGACGAAGGCGCUUCAGAGGGCUGGCGAGGACUUGUCUUCUCCUGGACUUACCGAGUAUAUGUUCGACGUUAUCUGGGUGACAUGGGCAUCCGUCGUGCUCGUGAUUCUUUUUGGUAACUGGGGGUGGCUCCUUUGGACUGUUGUACCAGCUUACGGGGCCUUCAAAGGCUACAGUCUACUUGGUGCAGCUCGCGGAAUGGCCGGCAUGCAAGGACAGCAGCCGGGGAAUGCCGCACCAGUGGCAGGCAAUAGGAAACAAAGACGUGCAGCUUAAACUAGGAUUACACAUCCGUCACCUAGCAUUGCAUCAUUAGGAAUCCUUUCAUAUU